CUUCACACUGAGAAGGAGAACACACACACAAGACAGACAGAUUCUCACAACCUGAGAAGAGAGGGAACUGCUGCAAAAACAAGCCUUCCACUGAUAACUUACAGGACUAAUUUCCACCAUUCAAGACACAAGCAUGAAUAUUAAAGUCCAGUGCAUCAUCCUCCUGAUCUGCAUUACUAUUUGCACAUCAGCAGUUAUUAGGACCAAUUGCAGAUGUGUAACAACAAUCAGAGGUGUGGAUCCCCUUCGCAUCAAUGGACUCAAGAUUUAUGAUCCACGUCCAUAUUGUAACAAGCAAGAAAUCAUUGUGAUGCUGAAAGAUGGGCCCCCACAGUGUCUCGACCCUACUGGCAAAUUUGCCCAAGCACUAGUUGAAACAACACAAAGGAAGAUGAAGCAACGAGCUGUUAAGAUGAACACCAGCACCACAAAAGCAGCAGUGAUAUAAUGCGGAUUGCGGGCGUGUAUAUUUUUCUCACAACUCUGCUGAAGUGCCAAUUCCUAAGAGGAGAGAGCAGCACGCCUGUCUAGUGUGUAGUAGGUGUGGUUUGUGCGUGUUUCUAGAAAGUGAAAAAGAGGAGAAACAGGACUGAAACACGUCACACAGUUCCAUUUCAUGUAUUUUGUAAAAAAGUGUGGCUCAGUUUUGCAAAUUAGCAGCUGAAACUGACUAAUACCUGAGCUUCGGCACAUUUAAAACACAGUACUGGAAGUCAGGGAUGUACAUGUUCUUACCCUGGAGAGAUGGAAAGCUCUGCCUUCAGUUAGUGAUGUAAAUACACUGAUGAUGUGUUUGAUUCAACGCUGCAUUACAUACUGGUUUCCCUUGUGUUCCUAUUUAGUGCAUCUUGUAGCAAAUAGUCUGUCAUCUUUCAAAAAUGCUGUUUAUGUCUUUGUUCAAGUUGACGGAUAAUUAUGUGAAAGUGUGUAAUGUCUACUAAUUGUGCAGUAUAUUAAGAUGAUAACCAGUGUUUUAUGUUUCACAUUUUGAAGGUUUUGUAUACAUUCUUCUUUUUUUAAUACAUGUAUUUACUGUUUAAUUUGUAAAUACAUGUCAUUUAGUUAUUUCCUGCUUCUUUUUUCGGUUUUCACUCAUGACAGAUGUUUAGUGUUUAAACAUUUUAAUUAUCUUACCAACCUAAUAUGGACAACAUGUUCAUUGUUGUGUUAAUUAUUUGCUUUGGCAGAUGGCUGCUUCUUUUCAUGCACAGAUAACAUUAGUCUGAACGUGGCAAAAAUCUUCAAUACCACUGCUCAGAGCACACUGGUCAUGACCAGUAAUCUACAUCACAAGCCUAUUUACUUUGUUACUCUCUGCCUGCCUGCUGCUGUCAAUCAAACACCAAGACACUCCCCCUAGUGGCUGAGAGGAAAAUAAGUCAAACACCAAGACACUCCCCCUAGUGGCUGAGAGGAAAAUAAGUAUUCACCCAAAAUUCCUUUUUUAACUUUCAUGGUAAAAAACAAAACAAAAAUAUAUUGACAACAAAUCACAUAGUUGGUGUUUAACAGUCUUAUUUGUAUUUGAUACAAAAAAUCAAAUAAAAAUCAAACACAUUGGUACAAAAAUGUUUUGACUCGCCUCUU